AUGCUUGAUUUUGUUUUAGUGGCUGGUGUGAAUUUUGGUGGUAGUCCAACUCUGUUGGUGUCACCAACAUUACCAUCACCUCCAUUAAACCAAAGAGUGUCGCCAGGAGUGUCGCCAGGAGUGUCGCCAGGAGUGUCGCCAGGAGUGUCGCCAGGAGUGUCGCCAGGAGUGUCGCCAGGAGUGUCGCCAGGAGUGUCGCCAGGAGUGUCGCCAGGAGUGUCGCCAGGAGUGUCGCCAGGAGUGUCGCCAGGAGUGUCGCCAGGAGUGUCGCCAGGAGUGUCGCCAGGAGUGUCGCCAGGAGUGUCGCCAGGAGUGUCGCCAGGAGUGUCGCCAGGAGUGUCGCCAGGAGUGUCGCCAGGAGUGUCGCCAGGAGUGUCGCCAGGAGUGUCGCCAGGAGUGUCGCCAGGAGUGUCGCCAGGAGUGUCGCCAGGAGUGUCGCCAGGAGUGUCGCCAGGAGUGUCGCCAGGAGUGUCGCCAGGAGUGUCGCCAGGAGUGUCGCCAGGAGUGUCGCCAGGAGUGUCGCCAGGAGUGUCGCCAGGAGUGUCGCCAGGAGUGUCGCCAGGAGUGUCGCCAGGAGUGUCGCCAGGAGUGUCGCCAGGAGUGUCGCCAGGAGUGUCGCCAGGAGUGUCGCCAGGAGUGUCGCCAGGAGUGUCGCCAGGAGUGUCGCCAGGAGUGUCGCCAGGAGUGUCGCCAGGAGUGUCGCCAGGAGUGUCGCCAGGAGUGUCGCCAGGAGUGUCGCCAGGAGUGUCGCCAGGAGUGUCGCCAGGAGUGUCGCCAGGAGUGUCGCCAGGAGUGUCGCCAGGAGUGUCGCCAGGAGUGUCGCCAGGAGUGUCGCCAGGAGUGUCGCCAGGAGUGUCGCCAGGAGUGUCGCCAGGAGUGUCGCCAGGAGUGUCGCCAGGAGUGUCGCCAGGAGUGUCGCCAGGAGUGUCGCCAGGAGUGUCGCCAGGAGUGUCGCCAGGAGUGUCGCCAGGAGUGUCGCCAGGAGUGUCGCCAGGAGUGUCGCCAGGAGUGUCGCCAGGAGUGUCGCCAGGAGUGUCGCCAGGAGUGUCGCCAGGAGUGUCGCCAGGAGUGUCGCCAGGAGUGUCGCCAGGAGUGUCGCCAGGAGUGUCGCCAGGAGUGUCGCCAGGAGUGUCGCCAGGAGUGUCGCCAGGAGUGUCGCCAGGAGUGUCGCCAGGAGUGUCGCCAGGAGUGUCGCCAGGAGUGUCGCCAGGAGUGUCGCCAGGAGUGUCGCCAGGAGUGUCGCCAGGAGUGUCGCCAGGAGUGUCGCCAGGAGUGUCGCCAGGAGUGUCGCCAGGAGUGUCGCCAGGAGUGUCGCCAGGAGUGUCGCCAGGAGUGUCGCCAGGAGUGUCGCCAGGAGUGUCGCCAGGAGUGUCGCCAGGAGUGUCGCCAGGAGUGUCGCCAGGAGUGUCGCCAGGAGUGUCGCCAGGAGUGUCGCCAGGAGUGUCGCCAGGAGUGUCGCCAGGAGUGUCGCCAGGAGUGUCGCCAGGAGUGUCGCCAGGAGUGUCGCCAGGAGUGUCGCCAGGAGUGUCGCCAGGAGUGUCGCCAGGAGUGUCGCCAGGAGUGUCGCCAGGAGUGUCGCCAGGAGUGUCGCCAGGAGUGUCGCCAGGAGUGUCGCCAGGAGUGUCGCCAGGAGUGUCGCCAGGAGUGUCGCCAGGAGUGUCGCCAGGAGUGUCGCCAGGAGUGUCGCCAGGAGUGUCGCCAGGAGUGUCGCCAGGAGUGUCGCCAGGAGUGUCGCCAGGAGUGUCGCCAGGAGUGUCGCCAGGAGUGUCGCCAGGAGUGUCGCCAGGAGUGUCGCCAGGAGUGUCGCCAGGAGUGUCGCCAGGAGUGUCGCCAGGAGUGUCGCCAGGAGUGUCGCCAGGAGUGUCGCCAGGAGUGUCGCCAGGAGUGUCGCCAGGAGUGUCGCCAGGAGUGUCGCCAGGAGUGUCGCCAGGAGUGUCGCCAGGAGUGUCGCCAGGAGUGUCGCCAGGAGUGUCGCCAGGAGUGUCGCCAGGAGUGUCGCCAGGAGUGUCGCCAGGAGUGUCGCCAGGAGUGUCGCCAGGAGUGUCGCCAGGAGUGUCGCCAGGAGUGUCGCCAGGAGUGUCGCCAGGAGUGUCGCCAGGAGUGUCGCCAGGAGUGUCGCCAGGAGUGUCGCCAGGAGUGUCGCCAGGAGUGUCGCCAGGAGUGUCGCCAGGAGUGUCGCCAGGAGUGUCGCCAGGAGUGUCGCCAGGAGUGUCGCCAGGAGUGUCGCCAGGAGUGUCGCCAGGAGUGUCGCCAGGAGUGUCGCCAGGAGUGUCGCCAGGAGUGUCGCCAGGAGUGUCGCCAGGAGUGUCGCCAGGAGUGUCGCCAGGAGUGUCGCCAGGAGUGUCGCCAGGAGUGUCGCCAGGAGUGUCGCCAGGAGUGUCGCCAGGAGUGUCGCCAGGAGUGUCGCCAGGAGUGUCGCCAGGAGUGUCGCCAGGAGUGUCGCCAGGAGUGUCGCCAGGAGUGUCGCCAGGAGUGUCGCCAGGAGUGUCGCCAGGAGUGUCGCCAGGAGUGUCGCCAGGAGUGUCGCCAGGAGUGUCGCCAGGAGUGUCGCCAGGAGUGUCGCCAGGAGUGUCGCCAGGAGUGUCGCCAGGAGUGUCGCCAGGAGUGUCGCCAGGAGUGUCGCCAGGAGUGUCGCCAGGAGUGGACCUUCGACCACCACUGCUGCGAGCCAGUCACCCACCAUCGCCAGCCGAGCACCGGAAUACAUCCCGUCCACGACUGUUCACGCCCGCACUCUCGCGGCCCAGCGUCCUCUCGUCGCCCGGCAACGACCAGAGACAAUGCCAACAUGAGUAG